UAAGUCGCGGCUCAAAGGGACGCAGCUGCAGAUUUUAAACGUCCCGUUAUCGUCCCGUCAAUCCGCUCAUUGCACCAGGAACCGUUCAGCUGCCUCCGGACGUCUUCACCUCCUUCUGCCUUUUUUCCUCCUUCUUCAUCUAAUUCCUCCUCCUCGGAUGGGGUCGCCUCCAUUCCUCCACCGCCUGCACCGUCCGCCCGCCGCCCUCCGCCGGGACUGAAGCCGCUCGCAGUGAGUAGCAGGACGGUGUCCUCUCCGUCCUCUCUGUCCUCUCCGUCCCUCCGGCCUCUGUCUCCUCCGUGACUCUCUGUUCUGAUGCGAUUCUUCAGACUCACAUUCAAGUGUUUCGUGGAUUGUUUUUGAAGGUCGUCGUCUGAGUGUCGGUGUAACAGCCGUUAUCUUUAUUUUCAACGUUUUAUUCUGUCAUUUCACCUGCGAGAGGGGAACGAAACCUUCGUCUUUACUGUAAGAAUUUGUGUUUUUCUACUUUGAAUCUGAAGAAUCGAUCAAUAAAGCAUCAGACUCAGGCUCCACUUGAUAUUAAUCACAUCACCAGUGCAGCAGAGACUCUGACCAAACUGAAUUUACACUCAAACAGAAGAACUGAGUGAAAGUGAAGCAGGUUCUUCUCUGGUUUGAAACUGGGACUGAAAGAAGAAUCAAAGUGAUCCUUCACUGAAGAGACCAGCGAACAUCCACCAGGAUUAAAACAGCUGAGAGGAGCCCAGGUGUUUCUGUGGACUGCUCCUUUACUGACUGAUUUCACAGGACAAAACAUCAUCGGAAUCCAAGGUAACCAAGUAUACACACAAACCCCCUGACACCUGGUUCCUCUCGGUUCCUUCCUGGUUUGUGGACUAGUUUGUGGACUGGUUCCUGAGUAAGUCCUGCCUGGUUGUGGCCUAGUUCCUGCUUGAUUCCCGCCUGGUUUGCAGUCUGGUUCCUGCCUGGUUCCUUCCUGGUUUGCAGUCUGGUUCCUGCCUGGUUCCUUCCUGGUUUGCAGUCUGGUUCCUGCCUGGUUCCUUCCUGGUUUGCAGUCUGGUUCCUGCCUGGUUCCUUCCUGGUUUGUGGACUGGUUCCUGCCUGGUUCCUGCUCUGAGGGAUGGAGAAGCAGACCCUUCCAGCCUCCUCCUGCUCGCUGGUUCUCCUGGAGGAGACCAAAAAGAGCCCCCUUCUUAUGUCCAAUGGUGGCGGUGGCGGUCACCCCCCUGCGGCAGCUGCUAAUGUCAGCCUCGUGGAAGGUUCUGGAGAUGGUGGCGGUGGAGCUUGUGUUGGUCUGGACAAGAAAGGAGGCGUGGUCACGAGGCCUCAGCCAGGAUCUGAGCGUGAAACAUGGACACGGCAGAUGGACUUCAUCAUGUCCUGCGUUGGAUUCGCUGUGGGACUCGGCAACGUGUGGAUUCCGUACCUGUGCUACAAGAACGGAGGAGGCGUCUUCCUGAUCCCGUACAUGCUCAUCGUCUUUGUCGGUGGAAUCCCCAUCUUUUUCCUGGAGAUCGCUCUGGGACAGUUCAUGAAGGCCGGCAGCAUCAAUGUCUGGAACAUCGCUCCGCUCUUUAAAGGUCUCGGUUACGCCUCCAUGGUGAUCGUGUUUUUCUGUAACACCUACUACAUCAUGGUGUUGACCUGGGGCUUCUACUACCUGAUAAAGUCUUUUAACUCCGUCCUCCCGUGGUCCACCUGUGACAACAUAUGGAACACGCCCACCUGCAUCGAGACCUUUCAUCAUCAGCAAUGCAGAAACGGCAGCCUCGCCAACACCACCAUCGUCAACAACAUGACCUGUGCCGACCUGGCGACCUCGCGAUCGCCCGUCAUUGAGUUCUGGGAGAACAAGGUGCUGAACAUCUCGCCGGGUCUGGAUGUACCUGGGAGCUUUCACUGGGAGCUCAUGCUGUGUCUGAUGUUCGUCUGGGUUCUUGUUUACUUCUGCGUCUGGAAGGGAGUCAAAUCCACCGGGAAGAUUGUGUACGUCACAGCGACCUUCCCCUACGUGGUCCUCUUCAUCCUGCUGGUCAGAGGUGUCACUCUACCCGGAGCCUACGACGGCAUCAUGUACUACAUCAAACCUGAUUGGUCCAAACUGCUGGAGGCUCAGGUGUGGAUAGACGCCGGGACUCAGAUCUUCUUCUCCUACGCCAUCGGACUGGGAGCUCUGACGGCGCUGGGCAGCUACAACCGCUUCAACAACGACUGCUACAAAGACGCCUUCGUCUUGGCUCUGAUCAACAGUGGAACCAGUUUCUUCGCUGGUUUCGUCGUGUUUUCUAUUCUGGGCUUCAUGGCCAAUGAGCAGGGAGUCGACAUCUCACAGGUCGCUGAGUCAGGUCCAGGUCUGGCGUUCAUUGCGUAUCCGAAGGCCGUCAGUCUGAUGCCGGUGGCUCCGCUCUGGGCGGCGCUCUUCUUCUUCAUGCUGCUGCUGCUGGGGCUGGACAGUCAGUUCGUCGGCGUUGAGGGUUUUGUCACUGGAAUCCUGGAUCUGUUCCCUGGACAAUACAACCAUCGAUAUAAAAGGGAGAUCGCCGUGGCGAUAUGCUGUUUACUGUGCUUCAUUAUUGAUCUCUCCAUGGUGACGCAGGGAGGGAUGUACGUCUUCCAGUUGUUUGACUACUAUUCGGCCAGUGGAAUGACUCUGUUGUGGCAAGCAUUCUGGGAAUGCAUAAUAGUUGCCUGGGUCUACGGUGCUGACCGCUUCAUGGACGAUGUGGCUCGUAUGAUUGGCUACCGUCCUUUCCCCUGGAUGAAGUGGUGCUGGUCCUUCAUCACUCCAUGUGUCUGCCUGGCCAUCUUCAUGUUCCACCUGUUCAACUACAAACCUCUGACCUACAACAAUGUGUAUGUGUACCCGUGGUGGGGCGAGGUGAUUGGCUGGUGUAUGGCUUUGUCCUCCAUGCUCUGCAUCCCCGUCAGUGUCCUCUACAAACUGUUCAGAGCAAAGGGAACAUUCAAAGAGCGCUGGGCCCACCUGACCACUCCGGUGUGGGGGGCCCAUCACCUGGAGUAUAUGGCCCCCGACGUCAGAGACCUGACGCUGAUCUCACCCGGCAACGACGACAACAAGGUCAUCAUCUUUGAGAGCGUCAUGUAGUCUGGGCUCCACCAAUCACAGAGCUCCAUCUCCAUCCAUCCCACCGAGCACCUCGACCUCAGAGAUCAAUCAGCUGAUCAGAGCUUCAUCUGCUUCUCGAUAGGAAAAAAUCAAUCCCUCAAUGAAAAGAUGUUCUUACUGAUGGCGUCUCGCUACGUCCGACGCCAGGUCGAGCUUCCUCUAUCUUGGAUUAAUGGAAUCAAUGGAAGCUUGUGUCGAUGGGGGAGUGCAAACACACACCUACCUACCUGUUAGAGGGCCAUUACACACACACACACACACACACAUACCUGUUAGACGGCCAUUACACACAGACACACACUCUCUCACACACCUUUGACCUCUGUGUGUGUCGAGGCCAUUUGUUGAGACAGAAUUUUAGACAAACAGACUGAGCCCCAGAAACGAACUGAGGUCGUUUGCGUCGUAACAGGAAUUAAAACGUUCGGUCCUUCAGUCACGUGAUGAAACGUUGAGAUGUGCUCACUUCCUGUUAAGGCUCAUUUGUUCUGACUUUAUGUUCGAGGAGAGAAACAUCCCACAUACUUCAAUGCAUCCUUUACGUUGCCAUGGUUUAUAAGCAAUACAUCCACUAGAGGGCAGCGCAGGGUCAAAAGCAGUCGCAACGUAAAAGGCGACAGUUCAAUUCACCAACUCAAAUUUCUUCCUUCCUUCCUUUUGUGUCCUAUGGUCAUCUUGCUUUAACUAUUGGUUACACUGCCCCCAACGGCUUCCUGUGGUACUGCUUCAUUUAGUCUGUUUCAUCCGUAAUGAACGUAACAAAAUGAACGCACAGUACAGACAGGAAGCUCCGUCGUUUUCACUAUACUUAUCCAAAGUUGAGCAUAAAUGAGCCUUAAUAGGUAAAAUAAAAAAUAAAAGUUUCCACGCUCAUUUACACUUAAAACUGAAACUCAAUUUCAAAGAAAACAUUCCUGUUACGGGGUAACCAACGGUCCCUGAACUGACCACGCUGCCAGGAAGCUGAGCUCAAUGAGCCCGGAACGCAUCAUCAGACUGAUCCUGGUUCUGCUUUAGUCCUGAGUUUUACUUUGACCUUUAACCUUUGACGUCUUUAAGUCUGUCGGCACUUUAUUUGACACUUUGAUUGUUCUGAAUUCUGAGGUUCAGGGUUUCUGUUCUGUUCUCAAGUUCAAUACUGUGAAUCACCAGCUCCGACUACUGAUCCCAGAACAGUCCUGACUGCUGGGCAGCGUGUGACUCUUUGACCGUUGACCUCUGACCUGUCGCUCAGAGGCAGAUCCUGUAUCAGAGGGAAGGUUCCAGUGAGGAUUCAGUCGUUGUGUUUGCUGAUGAGAACUUUCAACGGGACUCGGGUCUUCGAGCUCGACCUUUUACUCUGAAGCAAAACAAACGCAAAGUUAAAUUCAUCUUAACUCAAGCGCAACAUUGUUUUUAGAUCCGGAACUUUCAAACAACAGAGACAACAAAUCUAAUAAAUGUAAUAAUCAGUCACUUUUAUUCAAGUAAUUCAUUAAGAGAAAAGGCCAAACAUUAGUUCAACUUCUUCAUCGUUCUGAUUAUUUUCUCACAUUUUACAGAUCAAUGAUAUUUGAUCAACAGACGUCGUUUAAACUACAAAACAUCACAGACUGAAUCUCACUGGAUCUGACCUUUGACUUCUCUUCGUUCUGGAUACGACCUCAGGUUGGGCUUCGUUCCCCCCCCCCCCUUCCUUCCGGUCGACUGAAGUGCCAAACGAAACAAUUCGCGCUCAACGCUGCCAAUAAUCAACCCGAUCACUCAUCUCUGCCUCGUCUCCUCAGUCUCAUGAACGCUGAGCUCCUCCUGCCGAACAUCUCGCUCUCGUCCGGCGCUCCGUCUGAUUUACGAUCGUCACAAACGGAAGCUGUCAGUAAAACGUUGAUCUGAAAGUGUUCACGCAGCCACUCAUCGUACUCAGGUGAGAUUCAGUUUAUCUCUUACGCUGACGGACGUCGCUCGAAGACCGAAACCUUUUAAUGGACGUUUCUGUUCAUACGUCGUCACAGAAACUAGUCAAUUUACCUGAGCAGAUUUUUAAACAUAAUUUUUCACUCAUUACGAACAUGUGAAAAGAAAAAUUUGCUAUAAUGUUGAAAAUCGGUUUUAGCGUCUGUGGUUCCCUUCACUGGAGAGCGACUCUUAAAAAGACGUUUCACUGUUAACGUCCUGGCGUUCACCGUCCGUCAAAUCCAGCGAGAGCAAAGACUUUGGUCCAAUCAGCUGGUGGCGAGAUGAGAGCCGGAGGACUCAACGUGAUGCCACGCGUUGCCUUACGUCGUUGUCUUAAAUCUAGAGCCCGAACGGUUGACGAGCCAAACCCGGAGCCCUGCAGGACAUCCUGUGUACGGCUCCGGCUCACAUCCCACCAAUCAGCAGUCUGCACGGGCGUGUCUACAACUCUGUCUCCUAGCAACCAGUCACCUUCCACGUGUCACAGGGAAACGUAAUGAUUGGAAUGUAAGACGAAGUAAAACUACAUGCAAUUGCACAUUGUUAUAAAAUAAUGUUGCCAGCACUUUUAAAUAGAUUUGUGUUAGAAAUUGUGUUUUGUUUUACAUAUUGUAAAAAUAAUUCAGAGAUUUAUUUUGUGGAGGCUUUUAUUUUGCUGAUACAUAAACUCUGACAAAUAUAUAUAUUGAAUAUCUUUGUGUGUAUCUAUAUUUGAUGCAGUAUGUAAAUGUGAUGACUGCGAAGAGGAUUUCUGAUUGUUCACGUUUAGCCAGCGAACACGAGCAACGAGCCGCGCCGACCGACGCCGGCUGCGACCAACUCCAGCUUCAGGCUACCUCACUCCUCGUUCAGACGUUCAACGUAGAACUUGUUUUAGCUUUUUAGGAAAAUGUUUUGUCAGCAGGAGGCGAUGGUGGAAGGUGUUUCUGGAAACGUUUUCCCGCCUCGUCCUGUUUCGUGUUGCAGCUUUAGAGGUUCUCGAACAUCGAGGGAAAUUAAAUAAACUGAAAACCUGCAGGAGGCAAAUUUUUUUGCUGUGAUUUGAAAAACAAACGAAAAACUUCAGACAAAAUGAAACGUGGACGUUGAACGUGUCACAUGUUUGUGCGUCUGUGGUCAUGACAACCACGCAUGUUGGUGCGGAGAGGCCUUGAAGUAGUGUCUCACUGGCUAAGGUGAACAAGCAGCGAGGGGCGGGGCUUUUAUUUGGCGAGUUUGCUGCGAUGCAGUGAUGUUAAGGCUGUCGAGGCUUCGUGUGGCUCUGAACACACUACGAAAGGGAAUUUUAUUUUCAUUUACUUUUCUGAUUUCUAAUUCUCAAAGUGCUUAAGUGUUUGAUGAGUUUUAGCUUUAGAGGAUUUUAGUUAUUUUUUUCUGUGUUUUAUUUUGUUGAAUAUCAGUGUUUACCCCCCCCCCCCCUAAAACAAUAAUUCUGUCUGCUUUUCUAAUUUGAUAAAAAUGAUUUGCACAUAUUUUACAUGACGACAAACGAAGAAACUUUUAAGAUUAAACAUAGAUUCAGAUUUGAGAAGUGAAGCUGCUGCUGGUUCACUAACAUCAACUACAUAUCCCAGCAUGCAGUGGGACUGAACCAUGGUUCAUUCAAGAAAACGAUUCUUCAGGAGAAAUGAAAUCAAACAAUCAUUUGAGGAUUAAAAACUUCUGUAAGUUUGAAUGAAAUCAUUUCAGAUGAACUUUGUCGUUUUCACCCAAAAAUUGUAUUGGUUAAAAAAUCAGUUGAAUUAAAGACAAGAAUCUGAUGAUUUCCAACAAAGGCAGAUUUAAAGAGACAGUAACAGAUUAUUCGAUGUUAAACGAGUAGGAAAGUUGUCGUAGUCGAGUCUGAAGUGCCACUAACGUCACUAAUGAAACUAACGGGAGGCAGUAUUUUAUAGAAACAUCUCAUUUUAAACUUUUAUUUUUAAAGUGAAGUUUUUUUUAAUGGAGCCUCGGAGGGUUGGAGCCUGAAAAAGAUUCAAAUCUGCAAAUGAAAAUGUACAUUUACCAAAAUCUAAUGUUGUUUCAUGUCAUUUUGUCUUUGUGCUCUUCUGCCAAAAAAACUACAACAUGUUGUGACAGUAUUUUUGAAGAGAGACGGAGGACGGCAGCUGAGGUCAGAGAAAAUAAGACUGUAAAGUUUUCUGGAGUGAAAAUCGUCAAACGCUGGUUUGAAUCCUCACGUUUACUUGAUGAUUCUUUCAGGGUUCGAGGUUCGGAGACAGACUGAUGUUCUCAAUGCGAUCACUCUCUACAACAUGAAACUCGUCUGAAAAACUUCUCAGUAUUUUUCUAUGAACCUCUUUAAUUCUGCUGCUCCACUGAUUUUUCCCUUUUAAACCUUUUAUGUUUUUAUGGCUAAAAUGUAAAAUGAAUAGAAAGAUCACGUCCUUCACCACAAAGCUUUUAUAAAUAUAAAAUAUGUUCCAUGUAUUUUCAGCCUGUUCUGUGGCGACAAGGAAAAUAUAAAAUACAAAAAUGGAUUUAUGCAGAUUUAAUCUACAUAUUGUUUUUCAAACUUUGCUGUGAUAUAAAAUAUGUUAAGAUUUAAAUGAGAUAUUUUGAUUUUAAUAUUUAUUAAAAAAGUAUAAAAACUAAUCGAAAGAAUCCAGUCACUACAUUUGUUCUUGAAGCUGUUUAUUUUCUAUGGUUUUAUUAUAAAGAUUUAUUCUAGUUAAAUGAUUAUUUUUUGCAAAUAUCAGAUUUUUAUCUAAAUAUUUUUACUUUGCUUUUGAAAUCUCAGACUUUUUUUACGAGGAUUCCCUAAAACCUAGAUGAUGAAAUAUGAAAUAUGAGUGAAGCCGUCAUCAGUCUGUCUCUAACACUGAGUGAUGUCACAGUGAUGUCACAGUGAUGUCACAGUGAUGUCAGCUGACUGACAGGUGACUUAUGCUGUAAACUAUGGACGUAUUAUAAGAACUGGAUACUGGACAAUAACACAGAAUGUAUUACAUUUUAAAAACGUCUCUUUAAGUGGACGUCUGAAAUGUUUCAGUUGCAGUACUAUACGUGGCCACUGGGUGGGGCUAGCUAAGGUAUCCAGCUCUUCAUACGUUCAUGGUGUGAACUGAACAAACUAUGCAAAGAGUCUCAGCUCUGAAGUUUUCUGUGGUUUGGACGAACAGUCUGACGGAAACGACUCGAAACGUUGAUGAACAUGUUCCGACAAACGAAAACUUUCUGUUCAAACAACGUGAAAAUGUGGGAGUUUGAUUCAUAAAACAAAAAAAAACGUUAAACAUGAUAAAUGAUUUGUGUUUCUCCCUCCAGACUUUCAAAGAAUAUUCAGAGAAGCCACGAUUACAGAAAAUGUUUUCAGACAAAUGAAACCAAUACAAUCUAAAUUAUUAUUAUUUACGACCUCAGUGUUUCUAACAUUCGGUCGAUUCUGAGACCAAAAGUUUCGGUGAGAAAAAAGUUAAUCAGAAAGAACCAACGGAGUCAAAAGAAUCUGUUCUGUUCGUCCACUGCAGGUUGUGAUUAUCGACACUGUCGCACAUACGACAGCGUGUUUCCUUCAGCGGAGAGCAACACUGCCCCCUGCUGAGGGGGGGUUGAAAAAAAGAUUGUCAAUGAUUUUAGAGCCAAAACACUUUUAACCUACACAUUUAAAAACAACAGAAUCUUAAAGGGAACGUUCUUCUUUCACGGACUCAUCACAUUAACUCUACAACGUGUCACUGGUGCUGCCGUAAAACUACCAAAAUCUUUGCUCUUUAAACUAAAUAACCUUCUUACCUUUUACGUUUUUUUGAAAGCUGAUGUUGUAGCAGUGUGACCAGCAGGGGGCGCUGUCCUCUGGUGGGAAAUACCAUUGUGUUUGGGCUGGAAACAGAGAAAACGUUACAAAGAAUAAAGACGUGUUUGAAUUCAACGAGAUGUUAUAAAGUUAUUUGAACUGAAAGAAGAGGAUUAAAAAUGUGGUUGUGAUAAAAGUUUGUUGUAAUUGGAGUUUACAGAAUCUAAACGGACUCAUGAUGUUUAAAUAUUUAAUGUAAGAACAUCCGACACAAAGCUAUGAUCUUAAUGUUGCAUCUGAUGUAAAGUGCAACAUGGUCAGCGGUUGUGUUGUCUAGAAAGAGUUGAGUCAAGAAUAAUCCUGUUUUAUAAUAAUCUAUAAAACAUUUUUAGAUUCAGUGUAAUUUACACUUUGACAGAACGACAUCAUCCCUGAUGCCCACGAUGAAUAAUUCUCUGUAACGUUACGUAGAAACCAAACCAACAAAUCUUUUUAGAAUCAGAUGAAACACUUCCUUCUACCACCAGAGUCUUUUCUCAGUUCGGUGCCGAAACUGAGUCAAAUUUGGGGAAAUCUUCAGUUGUUCUGAUUUGCAAACAUUUGCUGAAGCUCCUCCUCUUUUUCCCGCCCAAACUGAGCUACUUGCUGACCUCAUUCAUCCCAGCAUCGGCCAUUUUGUUGUAACUGUGUCUGUGACUUCCUGUAAAUCGCCGUCUUCCAUCCAGAACUGUAGAUUUCUAGAGUCGAUUAGGUGAAAAGUAUCUCGACGAACUAACAUCUGUGUUCCCGACGGUGACGACACUCUGGGCUCGACGUAAACGAGUCACCAGCCAAAACCUUUGAGCCCAGAUGAUGUCAGUUGUUCUUCAUUGACCUUUGACCCCUGUGAGGGUCUCCAUGCUGUAUCCACUGUGAUCGUUGUGCUCGUCCACCACCGACUAAACCAAUAGCAAUAAAACCAGCAUCUUGAAAAACA